CUUUAACUUUGAAACGAAAACACACCAAUCAACACACAGUCGGUCACAAUGACGCAAAUGUCCGAUGAACAAUUUCGUAUAUUUAUCGAAACUAUACGUGCACUAGCUCCGCAAGCCAGUGAAGCUGAAGAGAAGGAGAAAAAAUCCAAAGGCAGUUUUGCCAACUGUCCCACAAGGUUUGCGGGUCAACGGGAUAACGAUGCCGUUGAUGUGUUUGUAGAUGCCGUCGAAACCUACAAGGAAGUGGAACAAAUUUCCGAUAAAGAUGCUUUGAAAGGUAUUUCUUUGUUGUUCAGCGGUUUGGCCUCCACCUGGUGGAAGGGUGUUCGUCGAGAGGCCAAGACUUGGGAUGAUGCUGUGCAAUUACUGCGUGAACAUUUCUCUCCCACCAAGCCAUCGUAUCAAAUCUAUUUGGAAAUAUUCGAACAGAAACAGGGUGAUCGUGAGGCCAUCGAUACCUUUAUAUGUACAAAACGUGCCCUCUUGGCCAAAUUACCAGAAGGUCGUCACGACGAAGAAUGUGAAUUGGACUUUAUUUAUGGUCUGUUACAUCUGAAAUAUCGGCAACAGAUACCUCGACAUGAAAUCAAAUCAUUUCGGGAUUUAUUGGAGAAGGGUCGCAAUAUGGAGAGACACUAGUUUUAAGUUUAGUUUAGCAGUAAGUUUUAGUUAGAUAAAGUUUAAGUUAAGAUUUACAUAUAUUUAUAUUUUUUUAGAUUAACUAAAUAAAAAAGUAUUGAAAAACAACAUUCAAAACCAA